AUUGCCCCAUAUAUUGAUGUACUGUGGUACCCAUGGUUGAAAAUAUUUAGGCUGAUUGAUUUUGGUGCCGUCAAAAUAAAUGCAGUGGAUGCACAUGAACUUAAGUGCUGGUAUGAAGUCCUUGGAGACUAUUCACGCUUUUUAUAUGCAUGGUAAUUUUAGCACCUACCCUUACAUUUGGUAUUCAGUAUAAGUUAAAGCCAUUACUGAAGGAUAAUUCUAAUUUGCAUGUCUUAAGUAAUCUACUUAUGGCUUUUAUGUUACAAUUAUGGACUUGUAAUACAAGCUAUUCCAUGCACUUCUCAUGUUUUUCAUGGGAUUGGAAAUGAACAGAGAUGUACAUCAUAACCUAUAACCAAAAAAAUCAUUAUUAUUGAUGUAUUGAAGGGACAUUCAUUGUAUUUAGCAUUUAUGCAUGCAGUUGACUUUCAUAUACCAAUGUGUGGUUAUUUCAUUGGUCUCAGAAAAGGAAAUGAUGGCUCUCUGCAUACUGCAAAAAGCUUUCAAUCGAAAGAGAACUUUUCUACUGAAUGCAAAUGGCCACUUUGUUUUAAGACACUCAUGCACAUUAUUAGGUAGCUUAAAGAACAUCUCAGCUUUAGAUGUUCUUUGGGAGUCGAUAUUACUAAGCCGUGUGAAUCCCUGUUUGCUUCAGGGCGAGAUGUGUGACAGAGGUGGCAUCGAACUCUUACAAUCCACGAAGGCAAAUGGGGUGAAGAUCACUGGAAUGGCAUCCACCACAGGAGCUCACUUAGUGGCUGGCUGCUAGCGUUGCCACUUUGGGUCUUAUAGGCACAGAUAGCCUUGGUACAGAACCUUUCAGGCUGCUAAAAGAAUGAAAUCACUAAAUAUGCAAUUUUUACAUUCACAGCAUAGCACUAGCUCUUGACCUAUUGACCGUACCACAUACGCAAUAUAAGCAUUAGUAAGGAAGGAAGAAAACGACAGCCUUGUGGUUCUAAUGACCCUUUUCUGUCACUCUCCUACACAUAAAUCAUGUAAAGUACACAUAUUUAAUGAUUAUAUUAUAUUCUCUUUUGUUCCCACCCCCUUAUCCUUACGACUUGCAAUGUUACGCCGUCCUCCUCACGAUGUUCUUCUAUCGACCCUGCUUAGGAUGAGACCAAGUCCAUAAGUUCCAAUGGGCAUGAAGAACGGAGCAAGAAAGACCUGAAUGGAUUAAAUUGAAAAUCGCUGAAAAAGAAGAGCAGAAGUCGUAGUAGGAGCAGAGAGAGAAAGAGAAGCAGGAGCCGGGAACGCAAAAGGAGCCGGAGCCAGGACAAGAGUCGUGAGCGAAAGAGGAGCAGGAGCCGAGAAAGGAGACGCAGUCGGAGCCGAGAAAGGAGACGCAGCCGUUCCAGGAGCAGGGAGCGUGGAGGGCGCUUCAGAACAGCCUUUUCUGGCCUGAAAUUUAAUGGUGGUUCCAGGGGGAAGACUGGCCCACUGCCUGUCAUCAAACUAAGCCGGAGAAAGUCCAGGAGCCGGAGCCCAUUCAAACGAGACAAAAGUCCUAUCAGACAGCCUAUAGAUAAUCUCACACCAGAGGAGAGGGAUGCCCGCACAGUUUUUUGCAUGCAGCUUGCUGCCAGAAUCCGGCCCCGGGACCUAGAGGAAUUCUUCUCUGCUGUGGGGAAAGUGAGAGAUGUGAGGAUGAUCUCUGACAGAAACUCCAGAAGGUCCAAGGGAAUUGCCUACAUUGAAUUUGUGGAAGCCACCUCUGUACCACUGGCAAUUGGUCUGUCUGGGCAAAGGCUGCUUGGAGUACCAAUCAUUGUUCAGGCUUCACAAGCUGAAAAGAACAGAGCUGCUGCAAUGGCCAACAACCUGCAGAAAGGCAGUGCUGGACCUAUGAGGCUGUAUGUUGGCUCUCUGCAUUUCAACAUCACAGAGGACAUGCUCAGAGGGAUCUUUGAACCAUUUGGACGGAUUGAUAGUAUUCAGCUUAUGAUGGAUAGUGAAACGGGGAGAUCCAAGGGAUACGGCUUUAUCACGUUUGCUGAUGCUGAGUGUGCUAAGAAAGCCUUGGAACAGCUAAAUGGCUUUGAACUGGCUGGCAGGCCAAUGAAAGUGGGCCAUGUGACUGAGCGCACUGAUGCCUCUACAGCCAGCUCUUUCCUGGAUAACGAUGAACUGGAAAGGACUGGCAUUGAUCUGGGCACCACUGGGAGGCUGCAGCUAAUGGCCAGGCUGGCCGAAGGGACUGGUCUGCAGAUCCCUCCAGCUGCACAGCAGGCUCUUCAAAUGAGCAACUCAAUGGUGGCAAUGGCAGCAGCUACAGCGGCUAUGAAUCCUGGAUUGAGUUUCAAUAUCAACGUACCCACAAAUCAACCUCUCAAUCUACCGUCUCAGCCAAUUGCCACACACUGCUUCCAGCUGUCCAACAUGUUUGAUCCAAAUUCGGAGAAUGAACUUGGAUGGGACAUUGAAAUCCAAGAUGAUGUAAUUGAAGAAUGUAACAAACAUGGUGGAGUAAUUCAUAUAUACGUGGACAAGAAAUCUACCGAGGGAAAUGUAUAUGUGAAGUGCCCAAGCAUCCCUGCUGCAAUGGCUGCUGUUAGUGCAUUACAUGGACGCUGGUUUGGAGGUAAAAUGAUCAAAGCAGCAUACGUCCCUCUGCCAACAUACCACAAUCUUUUCCCUGAGUCGGUGCAAGCUACACAGCUUCUUAUGCCUACUCGUCGGUGAUCCCUGGAGCUCCACUUUUUCAGGCUUUCUCUUUUUAAUAAUUUUGGCAAAAUAUUAAUAUUAAAUACCUGCAAGCUUUGACACCUUUGUGUACGUUUAUGCCCUUACAUCACCUGGGCAUUAAAGAAGUUUAUGUGGUAGUUUUGUAUGUACAGCCUUUUUUGUUCCCUUUCUUGGUGGGCCUUUUGACCCUUUAUUGUUUAUACAGUUUUCAGGGUUUGUUUUCUUCCACACAUUGUCUUUGUGAUUGGCAUGAGUUCCAUUAGAAGACAUGUACAGUUAGCCACACCAAACUACAACUAUUGAAUCUUUUUUGAAUGAAUUAAAAUCCUGUAGCUUUGGUUAAAUAUCUACAUGCAGUGUUUUGGGCUCAAUGAGCUGAAGGAAAAUUAAAAUGACUGAUGAGAUCCUGUGUGUUCAUAGAGACCAUUAUGGGUUUUGAUGCAUUGUCUUUUUCUAAUUAAGACUUGAUUUUGUAAAGUCCUUGAACAGUUCAUUUCAAAUAAAGCCAUGAUGCUGGUUUA